AGAUUUCUCUUAAUUUGUAUUGAGCUUAAGCUCACUAAGAUUUUGUUUAUAUGAUCCUAAGUGAUGAAAAUUUUACCUUUUGUAUAAUCUGAGUUGCCUUCUUAUUUUUUUUUUAACCAAUAUUAAGAAAUCAAAUGCACCUUGUACUUUUACGGUUAAAACAAUUGAUGAGUUUUUGUGUUCUCUUCUGGUCUGUGGAUAUCUUGAAGAUCUGUAGACUAUUGAAUCUGUGCUUCUGUCUGCAGUUUUCAUGUACUUCUUGAUUGAGUUGAGGCAUUGGCUUUUGGAUUUAUUUGCUAAAAGGUUGCUGUCAUUCUGGGUUGUUGGUGAUUACAUUGGAAAUGAAUUAUUAGUUUGUUGAAGGUUUUUGUAAGGAAUUUUGGUUGUGCUCGUUCAAAAACAACCUGUAAUCCUAUGGAUAAUCUGCAAAUUAUGUGUAACGUGCUCAGUUGGACAUCUGAGUAUGAUCAUAUUUCUUUGUCAGCUACUUUAGUCGAGAAGAUUACUUAAGCUCAAUUAGGGAAAUUAUGAAUUGUGCGCAUAAUGGGUUUUGAAAGGGAAAACAGACUCAAGUUUGUAGAUUUAUUUGUUCAGGUUCUGUUAUAGUAUAUUAUGGUGACAAAAUCAUUUAGCUUGGUUUUUGUGACUAUAUCUGCAGGAUAAUUCAUUGGUUUCCCUUGAACCACCCUUGUCUCUUUACUGGCUGGUUCAGAGCAAAGAGAUCAAUAAAUAAUGUUGAAAUAUUUUUUGGGUAUCUGGAUUUGGUUUUCUUUUAUGUAAAUAAUCUGAAGAAGGAUCUAUAGUUGAGAUGGCCUUGAUUUUGGUAGAUAGAUAGUAGAAGCCUCUGCCAUAUAUUUUGCUUUUACUCAGGUGCAAGUACCCUUCUGGAAAUUCUAGCAACUGAACAUAGAUUUUCAUUAAUGGCAUUGAUGGGAUUGAGAAACUUGAGCUCAUUGGUUCAUUGGAGAGGUCAAAAUGAUAUUUAUUCAGGUAGAUGCUUAGGGGUGGUAAGGCAAUUGAGUACACUAGAUAGGAUAAUAAGGAACUAAAACAGGAUCCUUUGGAAGAUUUGACAUGAAAUAUACUCAACUUUCGAGAUGGGCUUGCCUCAGGUGUCUUCUGGUUGUAUUGCUGAGGAAAUGGCUGCAUCUCUUAGCAAUAUUAUGCAAACAUCACCACAAUUGUUAAUGUGAGCAGUUGUGAUUUAUUUGGGGUGCAUGGAUGAUAUGUUGGCUAUAGAAUGCAGAUAGAUUUUCCAUGCUCUUCUUUCAUAGAUUACGCCAGGAAAAUCGUUUCAGAGCUUUCAAAGGAGUUGAAUGUUUUGCAUGUAUAUAAAGCUGUUAGAUCAAAUAUGCAUAGUUUGAAUAAUGACUCUAUGGAAUGGGAUGGCUGGCUCACUUCUAAAAGUGAGCAGAAUUCUCAAACACCCUUUCCCAGGAUUGUGGGUUUUGAAUCAAAGGCAUUGCAUUCCCAUGUUGCUGCAUUUGAUAGAAAUCAGUCUUCAUCCGCCAUGGUUAAUAUAACCAAAAAUGCUGCUGAGGCCGCUGGUUUACUGUCUCCUUUGAGUGGAAUGCUUCUCCCUGAUCGAUUUAAUGGUGAUGCUCUGGAGAUUGGUGGCAGUCCUUAUCAAAGUGCUUUCCUGGUAAAAACCAUAACUAUGAUUUGCCUAUCUCACAAGAGCAAAAGAAAGCUCAUAUUGGCAACUCCAAACAUUUCAGUUCUCUGAUCUGGUCUACAUCUAGUUUUUCUGAGUAGACGAGUUCACCAUAUGGCAAUUUUGCAGAAAACUUCAAGUUUUCCACCAAUGGCCUUUAGUUGGUGCUAUAGCUAUACCUAAAAAAAGUGGUAUCACCUCCCCUGUCUCUGUUUCCUCUUGGUCCGAAAUUCCCUCAAAGAAUAAAAUCUCUGGGUGGAUGCAGAGAUGUAAAUAAAGAGUUCUAUGAGAACCAUAUAACCUUGAAGGAUAUGGAACAGUCACUUGAUGGAACUUUCCCUGGCAUUUUAUCUUCCAAAAGGGUUGACAAUAUUAGGAUGCCAAGUAAAUCAUUUGAAGAUUUUAAGUAUUAUCAAGAAAAGUUAGAUCUGUUUGCUCCUGAGGUUGUCACUGGCUCAGAAUGUCACUGGAGUCAGGUUUCAGAACUUGCUUCUCAAAGUGUCAAAUUGGUACGAAGUGCCAGUGGACUGGCAGUUAGGAGGUCAUUGGUUGGUUUGUUUGAGGAGUCCUUGUUUUCUGGACAGUUAUUAUCUGGAAAAGCUAGUCAGGUUCUUAGCAAUCCAGAUAAGACACCUAUUCACACCUUCUUCUGCAACUUUGAUUUGAGUGACAUGCCAGUUGGUACAGAGAGACAUUCGUCCGCCAAAGAAUCACAUUAGCAUCUUCUGCACCUGGAAAUGGAAGACAGGGGGAUUGCAACGUAAAAAACCAUGUCAAGCCAUCUUCUGCUCCAAACAUUAGUCAUUCUUUACCAUUUAGUGGAGAGUCUGCUUAUUUGAAUGAGCCUGAUAUUGUACAUAGACAUCCGUACAAGGGUCUAGAAGGGAUUGAAAUUUAUGGUCUUGGCUAUAAUGGGAAUCUUGCUAUGAACUCGGGUGUGAAGGACCAGUGGGCCACAGCCUUUCAAAUGCAUGCCUUGGAAGUGCGGGCAAAUCUAUAAAUAGUCUUUUCAAAGGUCAACAGGAAUGAUACUCGCACCAGUGCUCUGAGCUGUGCUCUUCACCUCAGGUUUUUAUGCCCUUGCCCAAAAAGAUCUUCCAGAUCAGUCCAGAGACACCAAUCAGACCCCUUAAGUGCACCAGGGAGUAACAAAAAGGAUAAUGAAGCAGAGCGACAUUUUUACUUGUACAUUGACAUGAGGUUGUUAUUCCCACAACGCCAUUCAGAUUCUGAUGAAGGCAAGGUAUUGUGUCUCUGUGUAUCCUACUAAUUGGUUCAAACUUUUUUCCCAUUGAAUUAUGUCACUACUUCAAAAUGCUUAUCAUUAGAUUGCAAAUGCUAUUCACCCCUCGUACAAUGAGCAUCAGACCUAGUAUACAAUCCCACAAUCUGCCAGCAUUUAUAGGGCUGUUUUCCUGCUUAAUACAGUUCUUACAACAUGCAACAUAUAUUUUUGUUUUAUGUUUCGUUGUUCAAAAUAAAUGUUUAGUCUCCAGGUUGUGACAAAAUUAUGGGCAGAAGACUUCAGGUUGUGGCAUAAUUUUGUGAUGGCAUCCAAAGACUAAGUGAGGCAUGUUACAUUUAUGGUUUAGUUAUCUGAUAGGAAGUCAUUUUGCUCGAAUGCUAGAGCCUAGAGUUAAGAUAUGGCUUUAUGGAGCAUUAUUAUUUGAAUUGUCUUCCAUUUAUUGGCUACCUGCCAGUCAAUCUGUCUAACUAGGGUAUGCUGUUUUCUUAUUGCGGUUACAUCUUGGAUAUGAUUUUCCAUUGGAUUCCAGCUGAAAAUGCCCACUAUUUAUUUCUUCUCCAAACCUGUUCAUAAACCUCUGUAAAUAUCUGUACAUGCAAUUCCCUU